ACCUAUAUUUUUAUCAUCGCAAAGGGCUCAUGUAAAAUAUUAUUAUCAUCAUGGAGCAUUGACUCGUAAUGACCCACCAGUGAUAAGGCCAGAUAACUAUUGGGAAUGUCAGUCUCCCAUUUGUGACACAAGCAUCAUCAUGGCUUCUAAAAUACGGGUUUCUGAAGUAAACAAGUUGGAUGGGGAACAGUUUGAAUGGAUGUUUGGGAACGUGGUAGAGCUGUGUACGGAUGCGGCGGCGCAGGUGCAGAAGAAAAGACCCUUUCAAGACGUGGCAGAGUUAUGUAAGGCGUUCGAAGAAUAUUUGGACAACCUAAGCAUUGAGGAAAAAGUAGUCAUUUUAAAACUACAUCCUGACCUGGCGGGCCGGCUGGCAGCGCAAGGGGAACUAACGAAGGAGUCCAAGCAAGAGCAAAGAAGCGCUGGUCUGAAUGACCUCACUGAAGAACAGCGGUUUACUAUCAAUAAUAGCAAUGAACGGUAUAAAUCCAAAUUUGGAUUUCCCUUUAUAAUCUGCGCCAGAGAAAAUAAGGUGCAGUCUAUAAUCAGCGGUCUUCAAUCAAGAUACAACAGUUCGCGUGAACAAGAAAUAUACACGGGAAUAAAUGAAGUCAAGAAGAUUUGCAAAUUGAGAAUACAAGACAUUGUAAAAGAUGACUAAAUUGAUUAUUUGACAUACUGUUAUAAAAAUUCAUUGUUUAUAAA